CAUAACAUAUUGAGCACUUGUUGACUUUAACUAACAUAUUAUUUGCUCAAGAAACUUAUCCUUCUUGAAAUUAAGAACAAAUAUGUCAAGCACUGAAGAGUCUCAAGCUGAAUUAGCAAUGGAUUAUGAUCGAUCCAACGAGAUAAAGGCUUUUGAUGAUACAAAAUCCGGUGUUAAGGGACUAGUUGAUGCUGGGAUAGUGAACAUACCAAGAAUUUUCAUUAGGCCACCUAAUGAGCUUGUUGAAGAGUUGACUCAGGGUAAGUCAACUCUACAUUGUCCAAUCAUUGAUCUCAGUGGCAUAGAAGUUCAGGAUCAUCGUAAUAAGGUUGUCGAUGAAAUAAAGGAAGCAUCGGAGAAGUGGGGAUUUUUCCAACUGAUAAAUCAUGGGGUUCCUCCAAGUGUUUUGGAAGGAAUGAUCGAUGUUAUUCGUAAAUUUCAUGAACAAGAUGUUGAACUAAAGAAAGAGUACUAUUCGCGUGAUAGAACAACGAGAAGAGUUAGAUAUGAGAGCAACUUCGAUCUUUAUCAAUCAAAAACUGCAAACUGGAGGGAUACACUGAACAUUUCUAUGCUAGUUUCUGGUCAUAUUGAACCUGAAGAAAUACCAGCAGUUUGUAGGAAUGCAUCCAUUGAGUAUAUAAAUCAUGUCACUAAGCUAGGAGAAACUAUAUUCAGCAUACUAUCAGAAGCGCUCGGGCUAAAACCAGAUCAAUUGAAAGAGAUGGAAUGCGCCAAAGGAAAAUCAGUAGUAUGCCAUUAUUAUCCAGCAUGCCCACAGCCAGAGCUAACUCUUGGUGCCGCGAACCAUACAGAUCCUUCUUUCCUUACCAUUCUUCUUCAAGAUCAAAUUGGUGGCCUUCAAGUCCUGCACAAUAACCAAUGGAUAGAUGUUGAACCAAUAACACAAGGCUUGGUUGUAAAUAUUGGCGAGACACUUCAGAUCCUAUCAAAUCACAAGUUUGUGAGUGCUAAUCAUAGAGUUUUAGCAAACCAAGUAGGACCAAGAAUGUCAGUGGCAUGCUUCUUCAUUGGUGCUUUUGCACCUCCAAAGAUCUAUGGUCCAAUCAAGGAGCUCAUAUCAGAACAAAAUCCCCUUGUAUAUAAAGAAUUUACUGUAAGUGAUUACAUCGCUAAGUUUACGUCCAGGCCACUUGGUAAGUCUGCCCUUGACCUUUUCAGACUGUGAAGAGAGACCAAGAGCUAUGUUACCAAGAAGCAACGAACAUCAUUAAUACAGUCCUUCAGAAAACCUAUAAUUUUAUUUUACAUUAAAGUUUA